GCGGGCCCGGGGGCGGAGCCGCUGCGCGCCCACAAAAGCGGCGGCGCGGCGCGGCCGGGCCGGGCUCGGCAUGGAGGUGGCGCGGGGCUGCGCGGGCUCGCUGGUGCGAUCUUUGGUAUCCAUGGGAGCAUCUGUGGGAGCAGUAACAAAACAGACCCUGUUCCCUCCUCUCAUGCCUGCAGGGCGACCUUUCCGUGUAUCAAAUGCCUCCAGAAGCAGCCGGAAAGGAAUUGUUGCGAGCAGUCUGCAAGAGCUAAUCAGCAAGACCUUAGAUGCCUUCCUUAUAUCUGCUGAAAUAGUUACUCUGGUUUUGGAGGAAGAUGGCACAGCUGUAGAAACAGAAGAGUUCUUUCAGUCCCUGGAUGAUAAUACACACUUCAUGAUAUUAGAAAAGGGACAGAAAUGGACACAAACAAGAAAUGGAGUCACCCCUAUGAGACAAAAGAAGAAAAUGGGAGUAGCCAACAUCACAUUUGAUCUGUACAAGCUGAACCCUAAAGAUUUUAUCGGUUGCUUAAAUGUGAAGGCCACUUUCUAUGAGAUCUACUCUGUGUCAUAUGAUAUCAAAUGUAUGGGAGCAAAAAGCAUAUUGCGGAAGGUGCUUCAGCUAAUAUCCCAUGCAGCACAAAUAACUGGACAAUUUCUUCUCUACACUGGAACUUACAUGUUACAGCUGAUGGAUGAAUGUGAUGAGGACAGCACAUGUACAAGACCAAAGCGGGAGUAGUGAGCACAGCUGCACUUCUAAUAUUGGAUCCUUUUGCUUAGAUGUUCUUUUGCCCAGUUUUGAUUGUAAUGAUGUUAAAGUAGGGGCUGUCCACUGGGGUGAACUAACCUUUUUCCCCAUGCAGGAAUGCUUGUAGGCCUGAGCCAUAAAAUAUGUUUGAUGUUCACAGACUCUUAACAGAAAAAGGAUGGGUGCCUAAUGUUUGAGAACUGGGCAAAUGGAGAGAGGACAAGUCUUUGCCCCAGCAACUCAAAAAUGGAGAAUCAGUAUACUUGGACGCAUGCAGGCUUUUUUCUUGCACUGAUCAAAACAUGGUUUGUGUUCAUGGCUGUCCACUUGCUUUCUGAACAGACUGGGCUUUAAAGGGUUUGUUUCGGCUUUUUGAUUUUUUGUUUAUUCCCUAACACUGCUGGUACUAGUGUUCUACUGCGCCUGAGGUACGAAAGGGUGGAGGGUACUUAUUUACAAUAGGAAUGCACAAUAUAACUGAAUUUUAGUUCAGUGACUCUGACUAAUCACAUGAAGUCUAAUUGGAGGAAGUGCAACUACUAAGCAGAAGCUUAAAACUUAGCCUUACUUAAAGCAAGUAAAAAAAUUUUAUAUAACUCCUUACAUUUUUCUCCAAACCCACAGAAAGUUCUGGUAGGUAUAACUCAUACCAGUUGAAGAAAAUGUUAUAUUCCUAAAGCACUGAAUUUGCCUUAGUUUCAGGAAUAUGGCUUACAGGUAACCUCCUGAAGCUUUCUUCAGAGGUUAAACCUUCACUUCGGUAAUUUUGACUUUUCAGCUACAAGAUGUGACACUACAUCCCAAGCUAUACUUAAGAUACAUGUAGUAUGGAUCUGUAGAGACCCCUGAACUCAAUGCCCCUGUGUUCAGGGGGAGCAACAGGACAGUUGGCUUGCAUAACAUACAUAUGCUCUAAACUGGAUACUUGCAGUUUUAUAGUCUACCAAGAUAAGCUGUGUUAAAGGGUGAAGUUUUUAAUCUUUAGGUAGAAUUGUCCAGAAUGUUUUCUGCAGUUUGAGCUGCUAGAAUGGCUUGUUUCCAGCAAGUGUCUCCUUUAACAGUGUGAACAAAGUGGAAAACUCUUACUUUUAUCUGCAAAUUUGACUUUCAUAUGCUUAUUUGUGCCUUCCCUUUGAGGAUCUGACUUGGCUGAAGCUGCAUCUUUCAAAUCACUGUUGGUUGUGAUGAGAAGCAGCCUAAAGGCCAGUCUUAAAGGGACUGAUAGGCAAGUUUGCCAGAUCUGUCUUUCUCUUCAGUAAUACUACUACAAAUGAGUAGACAGCUAAGAAAGAAACCAUGUUUUUUGUUUGUUUUUCAUCCACUUCUGUGUGUGUGCUCUCUUUUAGUGUGGAGGACAGGCAAAGCUCCAGGCAAGGGAAGGGUUGGUUCUUACUAAUUUCUCCCAGGGAUGAAUGGCUGCAGCUUGUAGCACUGUCAAGCUUCCUUUAAAAGAAAACACUAAAACUACUCUGCAGUUACUGAGAAAGAGGUUAUAUUAAAAUGCUUUAUACUUCAUGUGCAUUGUUCUGUUCCCCCCACAACACACUGAAAUAGCGAUUGUUGGCCAUGGUCUUUCUACCCAUAUCAAGGAAUAGCAUUUAACUGAUGCAGUGCAAGGGCCUUGUCAUUAACCUUCAGCUCUUAAGGGCCAUUUAUUCUAUUAAAACAAGCCUGCCUUUUGAAAGCAAUUCUGCAUAAUGCUCCUAGGAAAUACGUGUGUUGGGAAUAGGAGCACCAACAUUAAAAAAAAAAAAAAAAAAAAAAAAAAGAAGCAUUGUUCAAUAUUGGACUAACCUAUAAAUUGCCUCUCCAACAUCUGUAAUACAAAACCUUUUGCAAGUCUGAGCUGUGCAGAUCUCAAAUUCCAGCCUUCUAUAGCUGGAGGGAAUUACUACAGAACUAACACUCCAUAGUUUCCAGUGGCACUAUAUUGAAAUUUAACAAAAUCUAAAAGACUAACCCACUAUGAAUUUGAAAUGUUUUCAAGUGGCUGAUUCUUUGAGAGCUUAACAUGUAAAACUUGAGCUGUUGAAGGUCAUCUGAGCUGUAAAGUCUCCAUCUCAAAGUAUCUCUGCAUUCCAAUUCAAAAUGCAAGCAGCUGAACAAAGUAACUCAAAUUUGGUAUUUCCUCUCUCAAUGAGAGAAGUGUCUUGGAAAGUUCUAAGUGUUUGAAAUUGCUCCAUUGCUACCGAAUCUGAGUUUUGCUACAGGCUUUAGUACUUGGGGGAUGAUAUUAGCUACUGUAUGAACUUUUUUUCUGGAGAUAAAGUUUUGGCUUUGAGUCAAACUGGAGUGUAUAAUUCUCUGAAUUGGAGCCACUUUAAUUCUUACAGCCUGCUGAAGAGACAUAGCUUUCACUUCAGCUAUACAUGGUACACAGCAAAGAACAACUUCAGCAUUUUCUAGCUUCCAGAAAACCACAUGCAGGUGGUGUGCACUAUCUAGUAAGACACAGAUUAAAAAACAAAAAAAGCUGCAGGUAUGCAGAGAUGAAGCUAGCUUUUCUACUUUAUUUUUUUAACUUUAAUUUUUAUUUUUUUAUCUCACUUGUUACUGUUGCAGUUCAAGGCUUGGUAGCACUGAAAUGUCAAAGGUGUGAAACAUGUUUACUGCCUCCUUGCGUGAACUAGCCUUUUUGCCUGUUGCUUUGCAUCACUUACUAACAAUCCAAUGCACCAAGUCAUGCUCUCUAGUUACCAAAAAAGGAAUUUUCACUGAAGUACUCGAUCUUGUUGACUCAGGCACUAUUCAUGAGCUGCAGGCAAAACAAAGCUGCUCUCUUCACAACUAGAAUGAAGAAUCUACUAGCUUUUUUUGUGUGUGUGUGUGAUUCAGAACUUACCAUUACUUCACUUCCUUUCAUAAACACAUGAAGCUGUUGCUUUCUUACACCUUCCUAUUCUUUCAGGAUAAAUGUGAUUAUGAGCUCUUCUGUCUAGGGGGAGAGGCUAAGGCAGGGUCUAAAUUCCUUAGACCAUUUGGAAUAUGCUGUAGGAAACAUCCUGAAUCCCUUCCCUGCGGAGAAGGGAGUGGCUGAAGAGAGGAAAAUGGGACUUUGGGCUAGAAGUUUUUUUUAGUACAGUGUGUAGAGAGGUAGGUGUUUGAGAAUUAGGAAAUGUUGGUAAUUCUCAAUAGUACUGUGAAGAUAAUUACAAUGCAUAUGAUCAUUUGUAACUGACUAGAAUUAUAACUCUAAGUCAUUUCAGCAUACUUCUUCCUGAGAUAUCACUUGAAUUAAAGGCACAAGCAUCUUAGGAAAAAAAAAAAAAAAAAAAAAAGUGUUUAAAACUGAAAUACUAAGUAUAACUUUGAUUUAAUACCUCUGGUUUUACUGGAGAUACUAAUGUAAUUAACAUGUCACUUUAGCUAUGUAUUAAUAAGUAAUCCUUAUGGGGUUUAGCAUUUAUCAUUUUGCUGUUUCUACCUUACCUUGUUAUAUAUCCAGUCAAAAUAUUUAUAGUCAUAAGUACUGCUGUUUUGCUAAGAGGAAAGAUGGUGUUUUACCACUUCACAACUUUCAAGUCCACUAGUUUAACUUGCUGUGAAAUUAAGAUGGGUAGGAAUUAUAAUCAGUGAUGGCAAAAUUUUCUGAUAUGUGGUGCCAAUUUUAAGAAAUACUGUCCAUGAAUAAAUGUAUUCAAAUGGUG